AUGUCUACCAUCGCCGUUCUCGGAGGCACUGGAGUCCAAGGUGGCUCCGUUAUCAAACAGUUGCUAAACACUUCGGCCUGGAAGCCACGUGCUCUAACGCGGAACAUUAACAGCGAAAAGGCAAAAGCGCUCGCUUCCUUAGGCAUCGAGGUUGUUGCGGCGGAUGUGAAUGAUGAAGCCAGUUUAGUGAAAGCGUUUGAGGGCGUCACUGCUAUCUUCGCAGUCACCACCUACUGGGAGUCAGUGAUGACCCUCGGCCGGGAUGGUGCUGGAGAGGAGGAGUUACAGCAGCUCAAGAACAUCGCCAGCGCGGCGCAGAAGACUACUACGCUGGCACAUUUCGUCAUGAGUAGCUUGCCGCCCAGCGACAAGUCAUCUGGAGGCAGAUUGAAGGUCCCUCAUUUCGACUAUAAGCAGAAAGCAGUAGACUGGAUGAAAGAAGCCACUCCAGAGCUGUACGCCAAGACAUCUCAGAUUUGGCCUGGUUGGUACCCAACCAACCUUACUACACUGCCCAUGGUGAAGUUCCUGGAAAUCCCGAACACCUAUGGCGGCUACCUUUUUACACAGCCAAGCAAGCCGUCUUCUCUUCUCCCUAUUGUGGGUGAUAUUGAGCACAAUUUCGGUGUCGUGGUCGUGGGUCUACUAAACGCUGGGCAAAAGGCCUACGGCAAGAUUGCCGUGUGUGUUACAGACUACCUCCCCAUGACACAAGUCGUCAGUGUCUUUGAGGAAGUUACUGGUAAACGCGCGGCGUAUGCCGAAAUUUCCGACGAGACCGCUACUAAAUUGUAUGGGGUCUAUGGCGCGGAGUACGCGGCACAGUUGCGCUGGAGUGAGGCAUUCCCGAGCUGGGAACAAAUUGAUCCGGAAAACACCAUUAGUCUCGAUGAAUUACAGGUUAAGGAGAAGUUGAUCGGUUUCAAAGACACGCUGGAGACCCUUAAGGAGAAGAUUGUCUAA